AGAAUUCUUGGGAACUGCUAAUUCGCGGUCUAGAAAAGGCCGCGAAGUGAAAUCAUCACUUCAGUCAGUGUUGCGAGUUAUUGAGACUUGGUCAGCCAUGAGGUUAUCAGUAGUGGCCCCCUUUGUUAUUAUCUCAUUAUGCAUCAUUAUAGUGUCUUGCACUCCAAGAGUAACAAUUACAAAUGGAACCCUAGUGGGAUCUAUACUGCAGUCGAGAAAGGGACGAAAUUUCACUGCGUUUAGGGGAAUCCCGUAUGCCCGGCCACCAGUAGGAGAUUUACGAUUCCAGGCACCUCAACCCCCAACAUCUUGGACGGGAGUUCGUUCCGCCGAGACUGACGGCGCAAUAUGCGUUCAAAAAAACUACGAUGAUCCUAACGUUAAAUCAACUGGAUCAGAGGAUUGUCUUUUCCUCAACGUAUACACCCCAAAAUUACCAAGAAGAAGUAGAAGACAUGCACCGAAACGUUUCGCUGUUAUGGUUUGGUCUCAUGGCGGUGGCGUGGAAGGUGCCGGUCAUUCUAUGCUGUACGGUCCAAAAUUCCUCCUCGAUCAUGACAUUGUUCUCGUCACCCUGAACUACAGAAUGGGACCUCUCGGUCUUCUGAGCACAGCAGAUAAUGUCAUACCCGGAAAUGCUGGCUUGAAAGAUCAUGUUCAGGCCCUUCGAUGGGUUCAAGAAAAUAUCGCUGCGUUCGGAGGUGAUCCGACCAAAGUAACAAUCUUUGGUGAGAGUUUCGGGGCUUCAAAUGUUCAUUUACUGACUCUGAGUCCACUAGCAAGAGGACUUUUCCACCAGGUGAUUAGCCAAAGUGGUACUGCAAUUAAUCAAUGGCCAUACCAUACAGCGAAAUCUGCACGGGAGAACGCGAGACGUUUGGCCCGAGAACUCAAUUGUCCUACAGAUACAUCGGAAAAGCUUCUUCAAUGUUUGCGAACAAAGGAUGCUGGUGAUGUCAUGAUGCAGCCAGCGGAUUGGCCGAUCUUUAAUGGAGGUCCCGAUCUACCAUUCCGAGCUGUCAUAGAAUCACCGAAUCCGGGUGCUUUUUUAACGGACGAGCCUGGAAAAUUAAUGGAACGUGGUCAGUUUGCUGAUGUUGCUUGGUUGAAUGGUGUCAAUGCUCAGGAAGGAGCUCUCGCCGCUGGCGCCCUCUAUUCAUCGCCCAAUCAAACGAACGUCAAACGAUUGAAUAACGAAUUCACAGAGCUUGCUCCACUAGCUAACGGUCUCGACAGAGACUGUCCCAAACCAAUUUUGGAUGAUAUCACAAGAAAAAUGCGUCAAUUUUACUUCGGUAAUAAGCAAAUCGAUGAAUCGACGAGACUGAACGUCGUAAACAUGAUUUCCGAUUCAGUCUUCAAGUUCGCUAGUGUCACCGCAGCAAAAUUACAUCGUCGUGGUGCACGAAGCCCAGUAUAUUAUUAUCAAUUUUCAUACAGAGGUACCUUGAGUUACUCAGCUUUCGCUGAUCCAACGAGAGACUAUGGUGUCUCCCACGCUGACGAACUUCUGUAUCUAUUCCCAGUACAUGAAGUUCUGUUUCCAAAUCGUCCAAUGAGUCAGAGAGAUUUCCAAAUGGUUGAUGUAAUGACCACAAUGUACACAAAUUUUGCGAGAUUUGGGAAACCUGUACCAUCCUGUACAUCUACACUUCCGGUUAUUUGGGAGCCUGUUAGAACUGAUGCACUUGAGAUGUUUUCCAUCCAGAAUCCUUCGAGCUUCAAAAUGACUUCUAAUGUCUUCAACGAUAUGAUUAACCUUUGGUCUAAUUUUCAAUGUCGCGCAGGUCUUUCUCGGACAGCUGAUUUGCCUACUAUUUCUCCAAAUAAAGUCCCCAAAAUUGGAAAAUUAAAUCCUCGACAUCAAUCUAAUUUAUUCCCAAUUUUUUUUCCCCUGUCGCUGGCUUUUCUGAAUAGACAUGCAGUGAGAUGGUCUCAUCAGGUCAGAGUGUCAACGAGUCUUCCGAAGAGACGUUUGAAAGAUAAUAAUUCAGUUCAAUGUAAAGGCUCAGCCAUGAAAUUUUCAGUUACAUCCCGUGUAUUAGUGCUUUUACUAUGGAUUUAUCCAUUACUUGCGGCCACGAGAGUAAAAAUUAAUGAUGGAAUAUUAGAAGGAUCGAUAUUGAAAUCACGGAAUGGAAAAGAUAUCUUCGCCUUUCAGGGUAUUCCAUACGCUCGUCCACCAGUUGGAUCCUUACGAUUUACGGCACCGCAGCUACCCGUCCCGUGGAGCGGAGUACGAUCAGCUAAAAGUGAUGGAAACGUAUGUCUCCAGAAAGAUACUGAUAGCUCGAGGACGAUUGGUUCAGAGGAUUGUCUCUACAUAAAUGUAUACACUCCAAAAUUGCCCAAUGAACAAAAAAAAUUAUCCACCCCUUAUCCUGUUAUGGUGUGGUGUCACGGUGGUGCAUGGGUUGCAGGCAGUGGUUCAUCAAAUCUUUACGGUCCUAAGUACCUCCUGGAUCAUGAACUUGUUCUGGUGACCUUUAAUUAUAGAUUAGGACCUCUCGGUUUUCUGAGUACAGCAGACGAUGUCCUUCCUGGAAAUUACGCUAUGAAAGAUCACGUGCAGGCACUUCGCUGGGUUCGGAAUAAUAUCGCAGUCUUCGGCGGUGAUCCAAAUCAAGUCACCAUUGCCGGUGAAAGUGCUGGAGCUUCAGCCGUACAUUAUCUUCUCUUAAGCCCAUUAGCCAAAGGACUCUUUCACCGUGCGAUUUCCGAGAGCGGUACAGCUAUCAACUCUUGGUCAUACAGUCCACCAAGAUUUACCAGAAGUCAUGCUCGCCGUCUUGCUAGAGAGCUGGGUUGUUCAACAGAGACUUCUCAAAAAAUUCUUGAAUGCCUGAGAACGAAAAAUGCUAGCACGAUAACUAUACAGCCUACGAAUUGGCAGGUUUUCGUCGGAUCGCCAAAGGUCCUAUGGCGACCAGUCAAAGAGUCAAACUAUUCUGGUGCAUUUUUGACAGAUGAACCGGGGGAAUUGAUAAAACGUCGAGAAUUUGCAAAGGUUCCAUGGUUAUCGGGUACAAAUACAAAUGAGGGAUCCAUGCUAACUUCUGAUAUUUAUUCACCUCCUAAUCACGAAAAUGUCAAACGAUUGAAUGACGAGUUUGGGAAAUUGAUUCCAAUAACCCUUGAGAUGGACCCUGAUUGCCCAAAAGCAUCCCUGGAAAUAAUUUUGCGAACAAUUAGCCAAUAUUAUCUUGGGAAUAAGACAAUUGAUGAAUCCAAUAGGAUGAACUUGACUGACAUGUAUUCUCAUGGUCUAUUCCAAUUCCCCGGAGUCACUGCAGCUAAAGAACAUGCCACAUCGAGUACCGCAUACUUUUAUCGCUUUGGGUACAGAAGUCCCAAUCAUAUAUCCAUGAUUCCCUACGAUCCAGACAGAGACUACGGUGUUAGUCAUGGUGAUGAUCUUCUGUAUCUAUUUCCCUUCUAUGAAGCUUUAUUUCCUAACAAAACGAUGGGCGCACAAGACUUUGAAAUGGUGGAUGUGAUGACAAUGCUGUGGACCAACUUCGUAAUUCACGGAGAACCUCUACAUGAGAAAACAUUCAAGUCGUCAAUCGAAUGGACACCUGUCACAACUGAUGCUGUGGAAACCUUUGUCAUCGAGAGCCCAACAAGCUUGAAAAUGUCAACAAAUAUUUUCAAAAACAUGGUCGAUCUCUGGUCGAGUUUACCUUGUCGAGCUGGUCUUUCAUAUACAACCAAGAACCAUGUUAGCUAAUGAGGUGUUAAAAAUUUGUAUACACGACUGUUAAAAUUACCUGAGAUAUAAAUAAACUAUGACAAGUUGUAUGCA